UCAAGUGAAGUGAAAGUAAUAGAAGUUGUUUUUUAUUUGUGGUGUAAGCAUAUUAUUCCGAAAUCCGAAUUCAAAAGAAUAAACAACUGUUAUCAUGUCUUAUGCUGAAACAAUGCGUAAUUAUUUUCAAAAUAAUAGUAGAAUAAAAGAAUAUCAGGCACAUUCUUCUAAGGUUCAUUCUAUUAACUGGAGUUCGGAUGGUCGCCGGUUAGCGUCUGGUAGUUACGACAGAACGGUUUGUCUUUUUGUACUUGAAAGAGACAGAUUGUGUAAAGAGCAUACUUUCAAAGGCCAUGGGGAUAGUGUUGAUCAGCUAUGUUGGCAUCCUACAAAUCCAGAUCUUCUAUCAACUGCUAGUCUUGAUAAGACUGUGAGAAUCUGGGAUGCAAAAUCACAAAAAGGAAUUGCAAAUAUUCAGACAAAAGGUGAAAAUAUCAAUAUAUGUUGGUCUCCCAAUGGUCAGACUAUAGCAGUGGGUAAUAAAGAAGAUUUAGUUACAUUUAUUGAUGUAAGAACUCAUAAAAUAAUUGCAGAUCAGCAAUUCAAAUUUGAAGUGAAUGAGCUUUCAUGGAAUAAUGACAAUAACUUUUUUUUCCUUACUAAUGGACAAGGAUGCAUUUACAUACUCUCAUACCCUGAUCUGCAAAUCAAGCAUAUACUGAAUGCACAUCCUGCAAACUGUAUUUGUAUUGAAUUUGAUAAGACUGGGAAAUAUUUUGCUACUGGCAGUGUAGAUGCUCUUGUAAGUUUAUGGGAUGUGGAAAAUCUGGUCUGUGUUCGAACAUUUUCAAGGUUAGAAUGGCCUGUACGAACCAUCAGUUUCAGUCAUGACAGCAAUUUGCUGGCAUCUGCAUCUGAAGACCAUCUAGUUGACAUUGCAGAUGUUAACACAGGCGAAAAAAUAGCAGAAGUUCCUUGUGAAUCCCCUACAUUUACUGUAGCAUGGCAUCCAAAGAAACAUCUUCUAGCAUUUGCAUGUGACGAUAAAGAUAAGCACGUGCGAGAAAGAGAUGCAGGAACAGUUAAGUUAUUCGGACUUUCUUCCGAUUCUUAACUCUAAUCAGCACCAUUUAUUUUUCUGUUGCAAGAUUAAACUACAACAUGAAUUGAAAAUAGAUAUCUGUGAUAUUCAUACUGUUUGUGAAUAAUCAUUAUUCCGUCAUUACUUUUUCAUCAUUAUUUUUUUUAUGUCCAGAACACUUAUCUUUUUUGGUUUGUGUUAUGUUUUGC